UUUGAUUAAAUGUUAAUUUGUCCGCAAAACUCAAAAAUCUAAUUGUGAAUCGUAUUCAGGUAUGGAUUCAUAACAUUUAAACGUGUCUGUGAUGUGCAAACUUUGCUCAGCGCCGAUCCAAGUGAACUGGUUUUAGAUAAUAGACAACUUCGAGUAUUUUUGGCCAAACCUAAAGUGUUUAAGCAAAUGAAAGCCGAAGUACAGGAGUUGAGUCGCGAACGUGUUCUGUGCGAUGAGUACCGGAACCGCUAUUUGGACCAAAAUAUAUCUGACUUUGUGUUGAGUCACAAACGAGUGGACGAAUCGGUGGCCACGUUUGACGACUUGGACGACGACGUGAUUCUUCAUAUAUUCGCACAGUUGGAGAAUCUGGUCGACCAGACAGUCCUCGAACUCGUGUGCAAACGAUGGCAGAGUCUGAUGGCCAGAAUCUGGUCCACAAGAUCUCACUUGUCAUUCACGUCGACAUUCUUUCGCUUUGAAGCUCCGGCGUUGAAAUCGGAAACACUGUUUGCAAUACUUAAAAAGUGUCUGAAUCUCAAGUCAAUUGAUUUAAAACAUGUGACAAAUUUUCUCGAUUUCAAAGCCCUUGAAAUAAUAGGUAUUAUUUGUCUGUUUUUAUUUAUGGCAUUUCUUUUA